GAGCCGCGAGACACUGGCUCAAAGUAACGGAGGGGCUGAGCGCGAGCUGAAGAGCUAGCCGGUUAGCUAGUGGUCGCCAUUUUUUUAAAACAAUUUAAGUAUUUUAAAGUACUUGCUCAGUAUUUUUAAGACUCGUCGGAGCGUUAUACUAUUAAUCGGUUAAAAACACACCGUUCAGAGCGCUUUCCUCGGUAAGAAUUGGCGGAAUGGAUAUUAGCUGGCCAGCUAGCUGACAAGCUACCUUCGAGCUAGCAUCAAAGUUGCCGAAACUAGCCGAAGCAGUUUCUCAGGUUUUUUUUUUUUUUUUUUUAAACUGUAAAUUAUUUUAAAGUUUAGUAAAAGUAGGUCACUGCGUUUAGGAAUACACAACAGAGAAAAGUGUGCUGUGAAAGCGAAGAAGAGGGUAAAAGGAGCGGUGGUGUCCUCUCCUUGGUCCCGGGCACGAUGUUGUCCAACUCACAGAAUCAGCUGGUGUUUCCUAACCAGCAACAACAACAGCAGCAGCAGCAGCAAGCUUUACAGCACCUACAGUUUCACCCCAAACCUGCGCUUCAGAUAAAGAAAAACGCUAUAACCGACGACUACAAGGUCACCAACCAGGUCUUGGGCUUGGGUAUCAAUGGGAAGGUGUUGGAAAUCGUUCAGAAGAAGAACGGGGAGAAGUACGCUCUGAAGAUGCUGCAGGACUGCCCCAAAGCCAGGCGUGAGGUGGAGUUGCACUUCCGAGCCUCGCCCUGUGCUCACAUCGUGCGUAUCAUCGAUGUAUACGAGAACCUGUACCAGGGCCGCAAGUGCUUACUCAUCGUCAUGGAGUGUAUGGAUGGCGGGGAGCUUUUCAGUCGGAUUCAGGACAGAGGGGACCAGGCAUUCACAGAAAGGGAGGCUUCAGAUAUCAUGAAGAGUAUUGGAGAAGCCAUCCUGUUUCUGCAUUCUAUCAAUAUAGCACACAGAGAUGUCAAGCCAGAAAACCUCUUGUAUACCUCAAAGCGACCGAACGCCGUCCUAAAACUCACAGACUUUGGGUUUGCCAAAGAGACGACCACACUUAAUUCCCUGGCCACGCCAUGUUACACUCCCUAUUACGUUGCCCCUGAAGUUCUUGGUCCAGAAAAGUAUGACAAAUCCUGUGAUAUGUGGUCUUUGGGUGUCAUCAUGUAUAUUCUGCUCUGUGGCUACCCUCCUUUCUAUUCCAAUCACGGCUUGGCCAUAUCACCCGGAAUGAAGAGGAGGAUCCGAAUGGGACAGUACGAGUUUCCCAAUCCUGAAUGGUCCGAAGUCUCUGAAGAAGCCAAACAGCUCAUUAAGAGGCUGCUAAAGACAGACCCCGCGAUAAGGAUGACCAUAUCAGAGUUUAUGUUUCAUCCCUGGAUCAAUCAAUCAAUGGCAGUGCCACAGACCCCUUUGCACACCAGCCGUGUACUAAAAGAGGAGAAAGAUGUCUGGGAGGAAGUGAAGGAGGAAAUGACUAGUGCCUUGGCCACCAUGAGAGUGGACUACGAGCAGAUCAAAAUCAAGACCAUUGAGGACUCCUCCAAUCCGCUGCUGAUGAAGAGGAGAAAGAGAGCCAACACGGCCUCUGAAAAUCAGACACCUAACAGCUGAGGAAAGUGUUGGUCACAAACUCAUCCAUAUAUGUGUAGGUUCAAAAAGGUUAUAAUAAGGAAGCAAUAAUUCAUUUUAAGAAAUGGCAAUGCUAUUGGGAAUGGAAAUUAAAACAGAGUCUAAUCUCUUUUACUGAUUAUUUUUGUUCUUUUUAGUUUUCUACAGAAUUCUUUUUAUUACUCAGUCUUUGAAUCUAUUUAACCACUUUACAUCAUGAGAAGGCUUUCGGAAAUUGUAGUCAAAAAUGGAAAGCCAAAGGGUUGUUUUCCCAAAAGAGCUGAUGAUUGUAGUUGCCUUUUCAUAUUACAAUUAGUGUUUUCUCACGUGGCAUUCUGGAUUAUUGGUGGAGAGACUACAGAAGCGAAGGAGUGGGUUUUUUUUUUUUCUCCCUUCCCUCUUCAAAUCAAAGCCAUUGGUACAUUUAUCACAUGCACACUUGUCACCGCUAUUUGAUUUCCUAUUCAUUUGUUUUGGAUGUUUUGGAUAAGGAACUCAUGCCUUAUGCACACUUUUUUUCUCACAAAGUGCGUCCACCCCCCACCCCCGUCCCCACUUCACCCCCCUUUCUCAGAAACACCCCUGCACUAUAUGUUUAAAAGGCUAAUCUAAAAAAAAAAAAGGGUAACACUGACGUGCAGACAGACAAACUUGUUCUUGAAAUGACUUGUCGAAUGUAGACGGACUCUCUUCCUGACUGUGAAGCUCGGAAUACCUGUCACACUGCCUCUCAUGAUGCAGACGUUCAAAGGGUUCAGAUUUCUACAGAGCUUCACAUUUCGUUUUUAGUGGCCUGUGUUGCUGAGGUUAUUCUACUGGUUUGACAGUUGGGUGUCUUUUUGGCACCUAAUUAAACAGACUCCGUUUACAAGGAGAAACCUCUCCAGCACGUUUUAUACAUCUUUUACCCAGUCCGUUCUCAUUUUUAUGCUUUAACUGCCCUGUUUGGGUGCUCUGCAGUUUGCCUUGUCUGUGCUAUGCAUAUUAUCCACCAGCUUCUUCUUCAUUUUUUUUUUUUUUUAUUUUUUCAAACACCAUGGUCAGUGUAUAUGUUGAAAAUGAUCUGAGGUUAUACUGUAAGUUUUACACUGUUUUUUUGGGCCCUCAUCAGUAAAAUGCACAACCCUGUUAGGAGCUGAUUGGUAUGAUAAGGGAAUGUCUCGUUGUGAAUGGACACAAUGGAUGAAAUGUUUUCUUUCCAGUGACUAUGCAUUUGUUUGUAUUGUCCAUGGCAAGCAACAUAAGAAUGAACUUGCUAUGUCAAAUGUCAAUAACAUUUGUAUAAAUAUCAGAGAACUGUUUCCUCUGACUUGAGUCGGCAAGUGUUACGCUGGGUUUUUUUUUCUUUUUUUUUUUUCAUUUUCUUUUUAUGUACCCUUUUGUGACAGGGAUCAGGUUUUAACCACCCACUGCAGCAUAUGGUGGAAAAACGUAUCUUUAUAUGUACAGAAAAUCAUCCCAGCGAACCGGCAUUGCUGUUUUCUGUAGCACUGAUGGGCAGGAGGAUGAUUUUAUCCUUUUAGUUUAUUAUUUUUUUUUAAUCCAAAUUUUAUAUUUUAAAAAUAUGCAUACAGGUUAAUGUGUUAAAACUAUUGAGUGGAAGCAAAGGACCGCUAACUAAUUCAAAGCUGCCAGCUAAUUCAAAGUAUUUGUGCUUCCGCUCCCCCAGUGAGGAAACUGGAAGAAAUUGUGUUUUGUUCCCCUCCUCCUCUUAUUUUUCUUGCGCUCUAUUUGUAAGCCAUUCUCACAAUUCUUUUAUGUUCUCAGAAGUUUUUUUUUUUUUUUCUUCCCUCAAACGCGAUAAAGAUUUCAGAUAACUUUUGCAGCGCAGAAACCAAAAUGUAUUUUCAGUGUUGAGUUGCUGUACUCCAGUCUGCUUCAACUUUGGAUUAAAACGUAUGAAAACAAA